GCUACACAGAAACGCCAGCUUUCGGUGCCUUUGCUCUCACACACGUUCACACCCCCGAGGGCCGGGGGAGAGGCGUCCGCGCGAUAUCCGUAUUGAGAUUAAUAACAAGGUGCAGGGAGUGAGAGAAGAAGGGUUGAUUGACGUGGAGGGCCUGGCGGGAGUCAGUCACUCCCCUGAGCGGAGGGGUGGGGUGAGGGGAAGAAGGCGGAGCUCCAUCGCCCCGCCUCGGCCACGCCCCCUGGGCGCCGAAUUUGGUACUGUGCGCUUGCGCCGGCCUCGGGUCCUUACUAUUUUCUGCUUUACUCUUACUGUUUUCUUACACUUUUCUUUGCUCGAGUGUCGAGCGGAGCUGGGAAGGCUGGUAGCGUGUUAAAAAACCCACAUCCACAAGUGUAUGGUGCGGGGAGAAAGAAACUGACGAGCCGCCUUCCCCGUGUUCUUGCGUGGACUCGGCGCUGUUUACUGCGCGUUCGCCAGAAGCUGACAGAAGCUGAACGUUGGUCUGGGUGACUGAGAUGCCAGUCUUGAUACAUCAAAGGCAUAACAUCUCUAAGGUGGCCUAUCAGGCACCUCUUCAUCCUUGUUCUGCAUGCAUUCAGGUGCCCAAUAGACAUUUUGCUGCUGCUAGGAAGUCUGAAAAGAAAACAAAGAAAGGUACCAAAGGAAAAGCAUCAGAUGAAAAAAAAGAUGAGAUAGAAAAAAUAAAGUCAUACCCCUUUAUGGAAGGUGAACCUGAGGAUGACGUCUACUUAAAACGCUUAUAUCCAAGGCAGAUAUACGAAGUGGAGAAAGCGAUUCAUUUACUUAAAAAAUUUCAAAUUCUGGACUUUACGAAUCCAGCACAAGGAGUUUAUCUUGACUUGACACUGGAUAUGGCACUGGGGAAGAAGAAAAAGGUGGAGCCAUUUGCCAGUGUUCUUAGGUUGCCGUACCCAUUCGUUUCAGAAAUCAACAAAGUUGCUGUAUUUACAGGGAAUGCAUCGGAGAUUAAAAUAGCAGAAGAAAAUGGAGCCGCUUUUGCAGGAGGAACUAAUCUCAUUCAGAAGAUUUUGGAUGAUGAAAUUCAUUCAGACUUUUAUGUAGCUGUUCCAGAAAUAAUGCCUGAGCUUAAUUCCUUAAGGAAGAAACUGAAGAAAAGAUUUCCAAAGCUUACUCGAAAUUCCAUUGGCCGUGACAUCCCCAAAAUGCUUGAGUUAUUUAAAACUGGACAUGAAAUUAAAGUAGAUGAAGAAAGGGAGAACUUUCUCGAAACUAAAAUAGCAACCCUGAAUAUGUCAAGUGACGAGAUAGCUGCCAAUCUGCAGGCUGUUGUCAGCGAAGUUUGUAGGCACAGACCACUGGAUUUGGGACCCUUUGUGGUACGAGCGUUCCUUCGUAGUUCGACAAGUGAAGGUUUAUUACUAAAGAUCGAGCCAUUGUUGCCUAAAGAGGUUGAAACCAAAGAAAGUCACAAAGAAGCUGCCUGAAACUGUUGUAUUGUGAAGUUUUUUAAAGUGGAUUAAGGAGAAACAGAAAAUUAUAAAACUGUAAUUUCUACA